GCCAUUUGAGCUGAUUGUUCUGGAGACAUUGAGUGUUAGAAGGGCCUGUGGGUUGCAUUAAUAUCAUUUUAGAGGCGGAUAGGCAGUAAUAACGCCGACAAGCCACAUGCUAGCAAGCUGAUUAACACUCUAUUAGAAGCAGCACGAAGUUCACAUUCUGAAGAGCGGGUGCAGGAGCAGUGACGACUGGCAUUAGUUGGCUGAAAAACAUCCACAACCUUAGUUUUAAUGUUUGCAACUAGAUUAAGUUUUGCACAUAAAAGGGUUACACACUGAGAAGUUGACUAAGCAGAUGAACUGAUGAACUGACAGAUAGGAAGCACUUCAGAAAACAGAAGAGUUCUUCAAUCUGACAUCGUUGGAAAGGAUGCAGUCUGCGUUCUCAUGUCCCAGGAGGGACGCUGAAAAGGAAUCCGAGGAGCGAUUAGAAAGGGGUAUUGGCUUGCGGCGCAAACGAGAGUUUACCCCCGAAGAGAAAAAGGACGCGUGCUAUUGGGAAAAACGCCGCAAGAACAACGAGGCAGCCAAGCGCUCGCGUGAGAAGCGACGAGCGAAUGACUUCAUGCUGGAGACUCGGUUAGUGGCUCUAAGUGAGGAAAAUGCCGCUCUACGAGCUGAGCUACUGGCUUUGAACCUCCGAUAUGGUUUGCUAAGCUCAAACUGUCCUUAUACCUCGCAUCCGAGGAGCAUCCUUCAGAUGCGCUCAUACUUUGCUCAAACGUCAAACAACUAUCCAGACAGAGAGCUUUGGGAAAGGGAAAAAAUGGCCCCAGAGUCUUCACAAUGGCCGGGAUACCAGCAAGCAUCCGAAGCUAUAGCUGCUCAUUAUGGCUCAAACUUUGUCGCCACACACUCUUUUCCCAUUAACAGGGCCUAUUCAUACCUUCCCGAUGUCCCUAGUUUUGUUCCCUCUACAAGCACACCCAUGGUCUUAGCUCCUGUGUUCCCACCACUGCCUGCCUCUUUCCCUGAAAUUCCAGUGUUAAACCCAGUGGGUCAGAGAACAGCGGUUCACAAGGAGGUCGAGCAGCAGCCGGCAGCCAAUAGCAAUUCCAUGCUGCCUCACAAGCUAAGGCUAAAAGAUCCAAGAUCAGCAAAGAAAAAAGAAGACAAAAUGGCACCUUCAUCCCCUCUUUCAAUAUACGUAUCCAGCUAAAGGAAAAUGCUUGAUGGUAAUAAUCAGUAAUCAUUGUAAACCGUAUUUUACCAUAAGAAGAAGUAGAUACUCUCUAUCACUGUCUGUCCAACAACAGCAUGUAAAUGAAUAGUGAAUUGUGUGUAUAAGUGUAAAAACAUUUUUGUAUUGUCCUGUCGUUUCCUGGGUGUAAUCCUUAUGACUUGAACCUAGGCUCUCGAUUAAUUAAAACUUUGAUCUGUGACUGUUUUAUAAUAACCAACUGAUGGUGUUGCUAUAAAAGAAGAUAUCAAUAUCUGGGAAUCGUUUCUAAAAAGAACUGUGGCCAUUUCUGUCUUCUACACACUGCCAGUUUCAGGUUUUUCUUUCAUAUUAUUAUUUAGUUCAAACCCAAAAUCGAAACGUGGAGUAGUUUCAUUAUUACCACUUUAUUACAUAAAGAAAACUUAUUGGAACAUUCUAGCUAUAAUAUAUUCAGGACAGCUUUAAAUAUUGUCACUCUUAGUAUUGUGCAAAAAUCUUAGGCCAAUCUUAUGCUAGAAAUGGUUUUAUUACCAUUCAGAAUGUCUCUUUAGGGAAAUACAACCAGGAAAUACAGGAAAUUUGUAGGCGUGUUUAAAAAGGAAUGGAAAAAACAGCAUCUACUGUUUUCCAAAAACACGAGCAAAAUCAGGAACAAGGCUCUCUAAAUGAACUAGAAUUCCGUUCAAAAUGCCAAGGAUUGAUUCAAUUCGAUUGAUGUUUAUUUGUAGAGCAUUCUUAACAAUGGACAUUGUCUCAAAGCACACAUAAACCUGUAAUAAAGUUGUAUAAAAUAAUGUAUAAUUUUAGUGCCUAUUAGUUUGUUCCACCUCUAAUGAAAAAAAAAACCAGAAUUUGACAGACAUAAAGUUAUACUUUUGCAUCAGCAAGGCCACUCGUCACCACAAAGACUUCUGUACAGUAACAUCCAAACUGUUUAGUUUAGUUUUUAGUUUAGUUUUAUAGUUAAAACUACCACAAAUGAAUCUUUUGGCUAUAUGAUUAAUUUCUAUAAAGAGAGCUCAUGUAGCGUAGCAUUAAGAUUUGACUAGGACCAAUUUGUAAUAUUUAUAUUUCAUUAAUCUGUAAAACUAUUUGGUAUCAUUUUGGGUUUUCUCUGGCACUAAAAAUAAUUGAAUUGCUUAAGAAAGUCCAGGGUCCAAUUUUUUCCUAACUGAUAUUUUAGGCAGCUUUAGAACUCAAAGUUUUAGACAGCAAGUUGCAAGUCAAGAGUAAGACAAAGUGAACCAUUUAUCAUCUACUGGAGUUCAGCUGUGGAUUUUCAUUCUUCAUUCCAAAAAGUUGCUUCACAUUUGAAUGAACAGAAAUGUCUCUGUUUUUCCCAGUCAUAUUUUAGAUUUUCUUGUUCUUGAUUCACACCAAAUGAGUG